AUGAUUUGGUCUAGAAAACAAUUAAUUGUUUAUUUAUCACCUAUAAUACUUGCGUGGAUUCCAAUAGUAUGGAAAGAAGAGGAAGCUGCAAGUGCAUAUGUAGUACUUUUAAUGAGUGUAUUAUGGGUAACAGAAGCACUACCAUUAGCAGUUACAUCUUUAAUACCUAUUGUUCUUUAUCCUCUUCUCGGUGUCACAACAGCCUCAGCAAUUUCUGAAGUUUACCUUUCUGAUUCAAAUUUUGUUUUUUUUGGUUCAUUAGUUAUGGCUAUGGCCAUUGAGUCAUGUAGAUUACAUGAAAGAAUUGCAUUAAAAAUUUGUCUUUUUGCUGGACCUAAUCCAAGAUUAUUAAUUCUUGGUUUUCAACUUGCUACUGCUUUCCUUUCUAUGUGGAUAUCUAAUACUGCUACAACUGCCAUGAUGUUACCUAUUUGUAUGGCAGUAAUGAAGGAGUUAAGCAUAAGUAAUGAGGAAGUUGAAAUUGAAUUUGUCAAAGAUAAUGAACAUAAUAGUGAAGCAAAAAAUGAUUAUUUAGAUAUUAGAAAAUUAUCAUCUGAUCAAUUAAAUUUAUACAAGGGACUUCUUUUAUCAAUUUCAUUUUCAGCAUCGAUUGGUGGAACGGGUACUUUAAUUGGUACUGGUUCAAAUAUUGUUUUAAGUGGUUAUAUUGAAAGAAAUUAUGGACAAAAUACACCUGUUACAUUUGCAAGUUGGAUGAUAUUUGCUAUUCCACAAUUAAUAUGUUUAUUAACAAUUUGUUGGAUUGUUCUUGUUGUUUUAUUUGUUGGAUUUAAUACACAUAAUAAAAAUGAUGAUAAGCGUGUUAAAGAAGCAUUAAGAGAAAAAUAUAAAAAACUUGGACCAGUUAAUUAUGGUGAAAAAUGUAUUAUUGUAUUAUUUCUUUUAUUAGUUGCAUUAUGGUUUUUCCGAAGACCUAAAUUUAUGACAGGAUGGUCUGUUUUUUUUAAAAAUGCUUAUGUAACUGAUGGUACAGUUGCAAUGGCAAUAGCAUUAUUAUUAUUUAUUCUUCCAAAAAAUAAUCCAUUUACAAAAGAAAGUAAAAGAAUUAAAAAUGUAGAAACAUUAAUGACAUGGGAUUUUAUGAAAAAUAAAUUUUCAUGGAGUACAUUACUUCUUCUUGGUGGAGGUUAUGCAAUGGCAAAAGGUGUUGAAGAUAGUGGAUUAUCAGAAUUAAUAGGAUCAAAAUUAUCAUCAUUUACUAGUUUACCAGAUUGGGGAUUUGUAGCAAUGUCAUGUAUUCUUGUAACAGCUUUAACUGAAAUAAGUAGUAAUGUAGCAACAGCAUCAAUUUUUAUUCCUCUUGUUGCUGCAAUUGCUCAAAAACAAAAAAAAAAUCCAUUAUCAUAUAUAAUACCAGUAGCAGUGUCAAGUUCACUUGCUUUUAUGUUUCCAGCUGGAACACCACCUAAUGCAAUUGUUUUUAGUGUUAAAGCAUUAAAAGUUUUUGACAUGGCUAAAGCUGGAUUUUUUUUAAAUUUUAGUGGUUUUAUUUUAACAAAUAUUUUAGCAAAUACCUGGGCAAAGUUUAUCUUUGAUUUUGAUGAUAAACCUGGAUGGGCAAAUUAUAAUAAAACUAUCAAUUAUAUGCAAUACAAUAACAAUCAUUAA